UUUCACAAACUGCGGCGCUUUUGUCAACGCUCAGGGUUUAUAUUGGAGGGAAUCAUGACCACAUUUAUCUCUGGUUGAGGAAGCUGCCGUGUUGCUGAAGAGCCUCUUGAGAUCGUCUAAGCCUCUGCUAUGAGUUUGGAUGUUAUGUAUCAUCAGAGUUAUGGAGCUCAUCACUACUUGCCCGCGACAUCAGCAGCAGCGGCUUACAAAGCGGCAUAUUACCAGCACCAGCAGCAGCAGCAGCAGAAGAAGUUCAGUGCCUACAGCAGGAUGCAGGAUUCUGAGGAGUUUCCCUCUGACUGUGGCCAGAGUAAGCAGUCUGGAGCGCUGAAGCCCCGUCCUGAGCCUGAGCUUCCACGAGAGGAGGAGCAGAGCGCUGGCGAAGAGGAGCGCUGCAAGGAGACGCAGCCCGCCGAGGCCGAGUACUUGAGUGCCAGGUGUGUGGUGUUCACCUAUUUCCGUGGAGACAUCGGGGAUGUGGUGGACGAGCAUUUCUCACGUGCGUUGAGCCAGCCCAGCACCUUCAGCAAUGAUGCCAAGACCGGCAGAUUUCACUCUGGAGGACCAUGGAAAGAAGGAAACUCCCACUCUGAGGGUCAACCUUUACCGUCGUCCCUGUGGGGUAGCGGCUACCCAUCUCAGACCUCUUCUCACCCUGACUUCCCCCACACCGCUGCCUUCUACCCUGCAGACACUGGCAUCUGGAGCAGCCACAGCCUCGCGCAGACCGGCCUGCCCCCUCCUUCUGCUCUUACUGACUCUUGGCACUACGGCCUGGGAGCCCAGGGUGGAGCGGGAUACCCUCACGUACACGAGAUGUACCCUCACAUGCACCCCCGUCACCCACACCCGCACUCCCAUGCCCACCACGUGCUCCAUCACGCCCACAACCCCGCUCUGGACCCGCGCUUCAGCCCGCUUCUGCUGCCUGGUGUGAGAGCGUCUUGCAGCCCGACGUCCUGCGCAGACGGAAUCAAAACUGAGCUGGAACCGAGUAGCAUCCCAGCACCAAGCUGGCCCGCUUCU